AUGGUUCGUGUUCUUAUGUGCCACAAUUUUAAAGAACAGAAAGUAUUUUCUGAUGCUUAUGAACCCAGUGCACAGGCGUAUUCUGCCUCAAAAGAUUUGGUAUUUAUCUGCACAGCAAAGGCUCAUGUGUUUGUUUACUCGCUUUCAGAGGAUGGUUUUCCAUUACUCUAUCAAUUUCCUCUGAUAUCUACAGCGACUGAUAUGAUUUUUAACGACACUGGAGAUUUUAUAUUCACCAAAGAAAUCACAAGAAAAGACAAGGCUAAUCAUUUUGCAGCUAGAGUUUAUUUCAAUUGGUCAAAGUGGCGGCAGGAGUUUGCAAACCAUAAAAGAAAAGUUCUUCAACUUGGCUUUUCAUUUACCCAAAGUUUUUCUUUGGAGCCAAAUGCUUUGACUGCAUUAGAAGUACAGUCGAGGUUCUCAGUUCGUAGUAUUUCCUGUUGUCCUGUGAGUACAAAUAUAGGAGUUGCCACUGAAACAACAGUUUCUGUUUACAGACAAUGUGUUGAGUGCCCUUUUGAUUUUCAAAGGCAAUACAUUGUUGAACCUGGAUUUUCCAUAUAUAGACUUGUUCUGUGUGAACAAUUUAUUGCAUUCACUUCGACUAGUGAAGUACGAGUGUUACAAGUAACAACGAAUGGUGAUAUACCAUCACUUCUGGAAGAGAGAAAUGAUAGGUAAGUUGGUUUGAUGGCUUGCUCAAACAUGGUAUUUAUCAUGUGCCCAACCUGAUUUAAAAUCAUUUGCAUUUUUAGCACAUGAAAAGUUAAAUGUUUGAAACAGGCCUUAGGUUGAUUGCAAUAUAACAAAUUUAUGCAACAAUCAGAAUAAGCAAUUAGAAUAAUUAGAACAUUGCAUAGAAUAAUAAUGUAGAAUAAUUAUGUACAUGUAGAAUAAUUAGAAUGUUUUAUAUAGAAUAAUUAGUUCAUGCAUUGAUGUAUUCUAACCAGAAGACCCCACCAGCUUUGCUUAAAUAAAGAUUUAUUAUUACUAUAAUACACCCUUCCAGAAAGUAUGUCACUUUGGCUAUUGAGCCUCAUUGUCAUGAUUGAGAUGUUUGGAUUUAACUAAAUUGUCACAUGUCGCUCUGUCACAUGUCACUCUGUAGUCUCUGUCACAUGUCGCUCUGUCACAUGUCGCUCUGUAGUUAAAUUGUCACAUGUCGCUCUGUAGAAGCAGACCUGCCAACCUUAAUAGCAACUGAUAUAUAGGGAGAAUUGUUAUUUGUGGGAGAAUUGGCUGUUUAGAGGGAGAAAACCCAUCAAAGCCCUUUUCAUUAGAGCAGCCAGGGCUCGUUCAAACUCCUAGCUACACUCACAGCACAAGAAGCCCCUUGACUAAUGUUAAAUUGGGCACUAUCUUGGACUGAAAAUACAAUAUGAAGACAUGUUUUAACAAAUAAAUACUUCAAUUUUGACUUUCUGAAUGUUGUAGAAUCUAAAUUGAAGUCAUUACAAUAAAUGGAUGAAACGAAAUGCUGCCGCACAUAGAUAUUUCUCUAUAAAAUUCCAUAAGAUUGACAAGAAAUCAGGAUAAUUGCUAGUUGCCAAUACCGGGAGAAAUUUUUCACUACCGGGAGAUCACAGAUCUGAGAGUUGGCAGGUCUGUAGAAGGGUGUAUUAAAACAUUGUAUGUACCAUAAAAAUGCUUAAUCAAUGUUUCAUUAAAUGGGUAAGUACCUUUUAUUUAUUUUAGUGGAGAACCAGAGCAGCUUCUGUCCCAAGGAAUCCCCUCACCCAGUGGUUGUCAAAGAGAGGUAUUUGAUGAGAACUAUGUUGUGUGGUCUUUUGAUCGCUAUCAAGAAACGUCAGCAGACCAAUCUGCUUUUUGGGAAUCAAUCUUGGGAAGCAAGGAGUGGAGUGAAGAUGAGCAAGAUUUAAAACCAACGGUGGUUGAUCUUCCUUCUUUGAAAGAAGAGGUUCCAUUUAUAGAUCAUUCGCAAGAUGCUUGUGAGAUCUUGGGUCCAGUCAAAAUGGUGCAUGGUCAUCCCAUCAAAGUACAGACUGCAACAACGAAUGUCCAAAGUGUUACCAUGUUGUAUCGAUAUUUUGAUGUGAUGAGAAAUGGCGGUGAUUCUGUUACAGAACUUCACUCUUUACAAUUGCUACCUUUCUAUACCAGUGGUAGGUUUCAUGCGAGCCUUAUUGAAGCACCCACCAUAAAUCAGCACUGACUGACUCUCUUAUUCUUUCAAUAAUUUCUUAAUUUUGUUUGCAGACAUUCAAUCAUCUACAGCAAAUUUUUUCUUAUUUUUUUCCAGUUUUUGAUGCAAAUGAGAAGCCAACUCCUCAACUAUCUGGAAUGAUAUGUUUUGUGUCGACCUCCAAACAAGGUUUCAUAUACAAUGUUUUUAGAAAAACAGAAUUCCUUGCACAUUGUACAUAUACAUCUGAAACAACUACUGCCACCAUUUGUAAUAAUCUGUUGUAUUCAGUCACCAAUCAAGCACUCGAAACAUAUGUUGUCCCUAUAUACGCUGCAGUUGCAAAACACAUCAGAACAAUGCGACCAUCAGAUGUUGAAGAUACACUAUAUAUAGACCAGGCUAUGGUGCAAAGUAAUGACAAGACAGAAGUGCACAGUGAUGUUCUGUCAAAUGCUGAUGGCAUUUCCACCCACAAUGAAGAGUCUUCUCAAGAAAAUAAAUUUACUCAUUUUGGGUUUCCAGUUUAUGAUUUAGAAAUUUUGCAAAAGGUAACUAACCAAGAAAUAGCAAGGAUGUAUUAUCAUGUCUUUGAGUGAAUGAAUAUUUCUAGCAUUCAGUUCUGCUAGCCAGCUACCUUGCAGGGAAGGAAUGUAGGGAUUUGAGAUUUAAGUUUAAUUUACAUUUUGAUCGCUUUAGUGAUUGCAUAGUCUGCUCCAUGAGAACUUUGAUGACUGAGGCUAAAGCCUGUUUUCCACAAGACGAAUUGUUUGUGUGAAUUAGUGCAACUUUUUCCUCUGUUGGUAAAUCCAUAGACAACCAAGAAGAGUUCUCUUGUUUGGAGUAUGGUAUAACUUGUUGAUGCACGAAUAAAUUCAUCUUGUAAAGAAUGUGCUUUUAGUAGCUCCCAUCAACACAGUUCAAAUUAAGACACUACUGAUGAAUUUGCAGAACCCAGUUCUCUUCCUCAUUACUAUGGCACUAGUGACAAGCUGAUUCUUACUAAGCUGUUCCUCCCAUUUCAUUUAGCCAUGCCCUUCACCUUCCGUGGAUCUUUAUAUGAUUGGAGUUCAUCAGUUCUCAGGCCUCUUCUCCAUGCUAGCGUUUGGUUCAAGGAUAUUGCUGUUAUCCCAUACAACCACGAAUCUAUCUCCGAAAAGGCAUAGGUAACUUUCACACAUGACAGGUAAUUUGCUAUAUGCUGUAAGUUGCAAAUUCUCUGCCAUAAAUUGUGUACAAUGAACUUUACUACUUAUUGCACUUUUGCUCAAAUGGCCUCGUUUUCAUGUUUGCUUGUUUUAUCAUGGCAGGUGAACGUUAGUUAUAUCACUAUGUUUUGUGCAGGCAGUGGCAGAGGGAGGAGGGGGGGGAGAAGCCUCCUAAAUUUCAAAAAAAAUCUUCAAAUUUGUGACAACACCACCCAAGGUUGUUUUUAGCCCUCUUUUAAUUUAGGUCAAAAUUUCCACUACUGCGUGCAGGAAUAUGUUUCUCUCUGGUCUUGACCUUACCGCGCAUGAAACAUGAGAAAAACCCCACAUGAAAACGAGGCCAUUGGAGAAAGUGCAACAAAAUAAAUUGUACAAAAUAGUGUGUACAAAACAGUUUAAUAAAUGAAGAUCUGUUUUUGACAGUAAGAAGACAAAGAGUGUUUUAAUCAAAGAUUGGACUUUACAUGUUCUUAAAGCAAUGGAUAUGGGUGACCUAUAUCGUAAAAUGGUAUUGACAAGCCACUAUUAAGAUAUGUACAGUCAGUGUUUCUUGUGCAGUACUUCAUUCCUUUAUUUUGUUCUAGGAAAGUGUCAUUGAAAAAUCAGAAUCUCUGACAGCAGACCCGAGAUUGCUAAAAGAGCAACAUUUCAUAUUAAGAGCUCAAUUUCAAGUUGGUGGUCUUUCUAAAACAGAACGACAAUCUUUAUUGUUGUGUCUGAGGAACUCUGUGAAAGAUAUUGGUCACUAUUAUGCAAGGUCAGUGUCAUACUAGUUUGCCACCCUCUCAAAAAAGCCCUCCUCUCUAUUCAGCCCCCUCCCCAACCAUUCUAGAGCUUUGUCGUGUUAAAGUCUCUAUUGGGAAAUCUUUGGUCACUAGUAUGCAAGAUACCUGUGAAUCCACGACGUCAUUAAGCGCCCCUUUGUAGAGCAAGAUAUUUAUUGAAAAUAUACAUCUACAAUGAGUAAUGACUGAACAGUGAACUCAGCCAUGGACAUUUCACAUUAUGUUACCAUAGUGUGUUUCCUGUAAAUCAAAGGCUCCGUCUCUAUUAAGCCGACUUCUCAACACCCCCACCCUGUCUGGAUCAGAGUAGUAAAUGUUUCUUGUCCAUCACGCACACGAGCAAGUUGAAAAGGUUUUUUCUUUUGAAGCUGGCUAACCUUUUGUCGUAAACACAGAAGGAAAAAAAGCCGUCUUGUCAAGGAAAUAUGAAUUGUUCGUCUGUACUAGGUGGCUUCAAUUUUGUUCCAGGUAUGCAGUUAUUGAUGUGCAUGAUGUUCAUUUAUAUUACACUAUGGCAAAUCUUUCCAUGGAAGAAAUACUUGAUGAGCACGUUCAGUCUCCUGUUCACAUUGAGAAGGUGCAAAUAUUUAUUGCUUUAAGUAAAGUUAGGAUGUGUUCAUUAUUCUGUAUUGCAAGGGAUGCAGGUGAAACGUCUAUAUUUGAUUUGUGUGUUUUUAACUUUAGUUAAAAGAAAGGACAUUUGGAAACGGCUUGUUGUGUUAUCUUAAUAAUGUGUUCUUCAAAAAGAGUCAAGAUAAAAUGUGCAUUGUUUUACCUCAGGUAGGGAGUACAAACUGGAUUGAUUGACUACGGAUUGCAGGAUUAAUUUAGCAUAUAUAUACAGUGUGUUAAAAAUGAAUUCAUUGCAUGUUAAAAUAAUACGGUUAUCUUUCAUUAUCUUGUAUUUUGAAAGAGAUUUGACCGUGAAAUAGUGACAAUAUCGUCUUAACUUAGCUCUUAAUAAUGGGGAUUUUCCUUCUAGGUAAUGCCAAUGAACUACAGUAAAACCAUUUUCUCUGAAAAAAGUUCAACGUGUUUCGGUUUUGUGGAUUUUGAUUGCCAGUAGUCUUAGACUCCCAAAGGAGACUUUAGAAGUCUGAGACUGGUAGAUUGUUAGCAGUAUUGUUAGUAGUAUAUUUAGUAGUAUGUGCACUGCAUGUCCACAAUGGCCCAGGUUGUUAGUAAGUCGUCAAAUAUCGUUAUUCCAAACCGUAUUAACUAGUUUUAUGUCGUUUUCUUUAGACAACUGCAGAUAAAGUGCUGUAUAUUUACAGCAAUGCAGAACCUUCACGGCUGUCAACUCUUAUUCUCAGGCCUCUUAUUGAAGGAUUCACAGCAGAGUUAGCUAUUAAACUUUUGAGGAAAUUAAAGAAGAUAAAAACAUAUAGGUCGGUUGAUAGUAAACGUAUACUGGUAGAUGAGUAGUAAAAUCGUGGAAUCACAACAUUCGUGUUAGUAGAACCACAUUCCGAUGAUGUGCGAACUUUUGAGUUUUGAAGAUAAUACAACUACGUGAAAAAACAUCUUUGAUGUUUCGAGAGAAGGUCCUACGUCUAAUAUACUCUGGUUUUUUCGCUGUUUGGAAUGGCCCAAAUAUAAUAAAUACCUUAUUCAUGUAUUUAGAGUUGGUGUCAUUUUUAGGCUCUUUUGUAACCUAUUGGUGAUUUCCUUUUAGUUUUAGUACAGAAGACCACUUGGCGUUAGCCAUUGUGUAUUUAAGAACAUGCUCAUUAGACGAGGCAAUUGAAGAAUUAUUGAGCUUAACAAAGGUGAGAUAAACUGUAUGGAAUUUCCUACACACAUCUCCAAAUAGUUCCUUCAACUAGGUCUACAUGUUUUCAAACUUGAGAACAAGAAGACAAAGUUAACAUUGCAUAAAAACCUGAAAUACUCAUCUUUAAAAUUUCACACAUCGUCGGUGAAUUGUCUUUGUCCUCUUCAGGAAAAGCUGGCUGAAAUUUGCGUGAAACAUCAUUAUACACUUUACAAUAAAGAUGAAACAUUGAGUCCUCUGGGACAGGUAACCAAUCUAUUCUAUCCUUACACAAACUAGAAAAUAUUUGAAAAUUACGAUGUUUUCCUGCACAUCCAUCGUCGGAAAUAUUGUUGCGUAAACACGAAGUGCUUUCCAGAAACCAAAGAUGUCUUCCAUCAAACUCAGAAAUAUUUCAUGAUUUCCAAGCUUUGUUGCGGAGACAAUAUUUCCAACUUUGCCCAUCUCAUGAUUAUAAGAAACAAUGUUCCUACCACGGUGUAAUAAACCCCAGUGAAAUGAGGGUGAGAGUUGAGGCAGGUUUGUUCUAACUAUGUUUUAACUUGAAUGAAAUACACAAUAGUGUUGGAAAGAACAGCUAACCCCGUGGUUCGUAGCGGUCUUUGAAAUCCUUGAAAGUCUUUGAAUUUGAAUGCAGGUCUUUGAAAAGUCUUUGAAGUGUGUGAAAAAGCGAAGAAAGUCUUUAAAAGUCUUUAAAAUUAAUUCUUUAGUGAAUAUUUGAUUAUGCGAUUUCCUAUAGCUAAUAAAAUAGAUUGAUUGAAGAGCAAGGUUUUCGAAAAUAUCGAUGAAAAGGUACAUUUUAAGAUGUGAUGUGGCGGGACUAAUUACUGGGAAAAAAUGGUACUUACGCUCGCAAUUUUUCGACAGCUGAUUGCCCUCAAAGGUUUUGAAAAGUCUUUGUAAAUAGGCAGAAAAAAUCUUUGAAAGUCUUUGAAUAUUUUUGGUCCGAACCCUGAACCACGUGAUUGCCCACUCUCAUUCUCGUUUGAUCGGGUUUUGUCUACACACGUAAAAAUGCACAAGUUGUAACAAGGCUGCCAACAGGCCGUCAAUAAGAUGUACUCGCACUGUUUGUCACAAGUUGUCAAUAGGUUUGGAACAACUUGUUGACAACUUGUAACAACCUUGUCGAAAUUAUCAGACUUGUUGCAAGGUUGUUCUGACUAGUCCGUUACAUGCUUGAUAUAACAAGAUUGUUACAACCUUGUGUUGACAACCUUGUAACAUUCUUGUUAUAUCAUGGCUGUAACAAACUUGUUAGCACAAUCUUGUACCAAGGCUGAUAAUGCCAUCAAGUUGUUAACAGCUUGUUUCAAACUUGUUAAAACCAACUGGGAACAAGCAAUGCGAACACAACUUGUUGACAGCUUGUGAACAGACUUGUAACAACUUGUUUGCAGACUUGUUACAACUUGUGUGUUUUUACGUGUGUAGUUCAAGUUUAUAGUUUUAAAAUUUGUGAAUUUUUUCUAUAGCUUCUCAGACGACGUCUUCCAAACGUGUUUAUCAAAACUUUGGUUUUUCUUCAUCUCAGAAAUCUCAUAUCUUUUACAAACACAGUUGAUCUACUUCUGGUAUGGGCGAGAAAACAUGAACAUUCAAUAUAAAUAUACCUUUCAAUAUGUAAUAGUCUGAUUAUACCCUCAGCCACGUAUAAGAAGAGUGUUUUCAUUUUGACGUUGCAAAACCGCAUCGUGUAUUUUUUAUCAAACUAAGUCAUUUGAAAUAUAUCAAGCGUGUCGAAGUAGCUGUCAUAACACUGAGUGUGAUUUCAAUUGCGUAAAAUUUGGUCUAGGAAGAACAGUUUAGUUCUGAUGCAAGAACAUUUCAGGACAGUAAGGCAGAAGUAAAAUAUGUCAUUUCAUCUCUUGAACUCUAGGGAAAAGACGGUGAAAUUCACAACAACAAUCAUCUGGUAGAAUUUUUGGAGCUUUUACUCAAUGGUAUAUUAAAUAUGAAUCUUCUUUUCAAUUCAUUAAUAAUCAGAAACAUUCUUUGAAUGAUACCAAUUUUACGUCUCCUAACGUUUACCGUAGAUCCUCCAUUAGGCAUCGUUGGAUAGGGGUGUUUAAUAUAGAGGGGGUGGAUAUUUGUGGUAUUGAAUAUUGAUUUAGGUAGAAGGGGAUGUUAGAGAAGGCUUAUUACAGAGGAGGCUUAUUAGAAAAGCGGGCUUCAUGUUAGAGAGAGGAGGCCUAUUGAAGAGAAGGAAUUAUUAGAGAGGUUACUAGCGUAAUGACAAAAAAACUAGCUAGAUUAUUUCGUAUCCCCACAGACUCAAUAUAACUAAAUUAUUUCGUUUCCCCACAGACUCAAGAGGAGCAAAGUCCUUCAAAGCAGCUAGAGUGAGUAGUAAACUGAUUAUGGAAUUCAUUUUACAUUUUGGUUGACAUUUUCAAUAAUUCUUGCCAUGGCUUUAUUAUAUUUUGAUUUUUUAACCAGGAAUUUCUUAUCGAUAUUUACUUGAAGAAACUUUCCCACAAACCAUCAAGCCAAGAACGAGAAUUACUCAGACUACCUCACUAUCAUAUAGUAAGUUCAAUACAUGUGCAAAAUGUAUAUUUAUGUUUGCAAAUUGUACAUUAGACUGACUCGUAAUUAUUACAAUAUUGAUAGCCCAGAGGUUCGGGGCAUUUUGCCAGACGUUUUUUGUGGUUGGACAAAUUACCUCCGUUCAAUGGUAAGUCUUUCAACGUAUUGAGAAAAUAAGCUUUUUCACCUUGGACGACUUUGAUCUGAACGGUUUUCCUAGAGGUCCAGUAAGGACCAUUCCAUUUUCUACUUUGAUACGAGAUGAAGGUUCCAAAACUUUAGUAAUUUAUGUUCCAGGUUAUAUAGCAGAACCGAAAGACUGCCCGAUUGUGCGGGCAACUAUAGCGACAACGUCUUCCCCAAAGAGAGGGCGUAAGUAUCGAGGAUUCCCAAGAGACCAUACUGCCCAGGUGAUUGCUGUUGGGACUGGUACCAAAUCGUCUUGCACGUGUUGUUGCUGCUGGGAAACGCUUCUUAAACUACAGGUAACUCAUCAACCUCGUACUCAAACUCACAGAAGCCCUGGGUACGAGGUUGGGUAAGGGAGAGGGAAAAAAAGUUAAUAGUCGCGUAUCAAUUACAUAUUAUUUUCAUAGAGUAGAAUGAUAGGACUGUGUACAUUUAAGUAUAGUUUAACAUGAUGCAGACGAUGACGGAAUUUGACACUUUUAAUUCAGAAAACUUGAAACUCUCAAAUAUAGCGCCGUUUCUGGUGCAGGCAAUGUUAACCUGUUAAGUUGCAUUGCACCGUAAUGCAUGCACCCUACUUUGUUAUUUUACUCUGUCUAUAGCGCUAGACGACGGUGUGUGCCAGUGUGUGCUGUGUGUGCCAGUGUAGAUAGUGGCAGUGAUAGCAAAACUUGGUUUGAUAUAGAGAUGCAACUACUUUAUCAAAUCUUUCUUGUAGUCAUUAUUGUGUUCAAGAUAUUGUGAUCGAGAUUUAGGAAGUUCUGUUGUCAACAACUUGGUUGGAAAAUCUUGGGAAAUAUCAAUAACAUUGUUAUGUUUGCCUCUUAUUGCUGAAUAUCAAAAGGUAUGCUGCGUGUUUUUGGUUGCUGACAAAUGUAUCUCUUUCACCUGUGGUUCAUACCUGUAAUAUACAGAUUUAAUAUUUUUGCACAAGUGAAUAUAACAAAUCCCUGCAAGUUGAUUGGUCAAAUUUGACGUAUUAAUCUGUUAUAUUCACCGUGAAUAUAACAAAACCGAAAUUUGCAAAAUGGCGGCUAGCCUUUUUGUGGAAGUUACUGGUAAAGAAAUAAGCGAAAUUAAAAUAAAUUCAGUCUCAAAAAACGCAAAAGACUUGUGUAAAAUACUAAAACAUUUAUUCGCCUCAGGCUCGGUGAUUAUCGGGGAAUAUUCGCCUCGACAUUGUCUCGGUGAAUAUUCCCCGAUAAUCACCUCGCCUAAAUCGGCGAAUAAUUGUCAAAGAUAAUGUAUAAAUUCUCCCCAGUCACAUGUGAGAGGUGUGUCUCCAGAUUGACUGUGUCAAACAUGCGCCAAGUUUUCUCCGAGUAUUGCUGUUUGCUAGAGUCUAUUCAAAUAUAUCGUAUAUAUUUCUGUUUAUUCAAAAUGUUUAGGAACGAACUUUCCCUAAGCCUCAUGUUAAUAUAGUAUAUUUUGUGUUCAAUAUAUAGACCACAGUAAUUAGACUUGUGUGUAUUACAUUAAACAAACGACGUUUUAAUUGUAAUCUUAUAACUACCUGAAGAUGGAGUAAAUCUCCAAAACGUCGUUUGUUGAUGUAAUAAACACAUUUAAAAAAAAACGUUACUGUGGUUUAUAUAUUGAACACAAAAUAUUUCUGUUUAUCAUAUCUAUCAGGGGAGUUUGUAUUUCUCUUCCUAGGCUGUCGAGACAUUGUUAUUGAUAGAUUCAUCAACCGUGUUGUCGUACGCAAAGCAUUAUUUUGGAGACGAUUACACGAAGGUAUAGCUGGGUAUUAAUUUUAAUAAUUAGUGAUUACCGAUUAUUCAUGCGACAAUCUACCCGAUACCACAGAGUAGAUGCAUACAGAGCUGUAACUAGCCGAUGAUACACUAUUCAGAUAGUACAAACGCCCUUUCUGUCUAAUUUCAAAUAUAUUACCAUCCUCUGUGGUGUACUUACUUACCUGUUUACCCAGAUUCAGUGGUAUCAACGUGCAAUGCAUAUAAUUUUUAAGGUGUGUAUUUUCUCAACAAUCGGCUUUAGGCAAUCGGAAAUAUAGCUAAUUCUACUGAUUCUGAUUGUCUACCGAUAAGGCAAAAAUCUACCCGAUACCGAUUAUCGGUCAAUCGCUAUUAAUAAUAAAAUUCCUGCCUGGAUAACCCUUGGUGUUUUCAUUAUUCCAUGCAAUAUUCUGGGCGAUCUUAACUACCUAGUUAACUACUCACCUUCCCACAAAGGCCUUUCAUUCGGAAUGCCGAAGUUUUUUUAAAUUAAUCUCUUUCAGGAAGUUCAUUAUUCUUUUCUAGUGGCGGUGUAUUCUUGACGUUCUCACACAAAAAAUUCGUUCAGAAACUGAAGACGAUGGCAACAACCACAUUGAAAUAUUGAAAGGUACAAUCUUUGACAAUAUAUACCUUGACUUACAUCCUCGUGUUUCUAGUAUCUCCUCCCAACUAUACCCCCCCCCCCAUCCUCGUGUUUCUAGUAUCUCCUCCCAACUAUACCCCCCCAGUUUCAAUGUUACAUUCAGGACAAAGGGCAAUCGUUUUUCAACAAUGGAUUUUUUACUAUUUAGAAACCUUGAUCAUUUUAUCGAAGUACACAAGUCCUACCGUGUUUUUAUCCCUACUACCGGAAGAUGGAAACUUCGCAUUUUUUCUACCAUAUCUUGUUAAAUGUUGCGAAAAUGACAACGGUAAAAGAUUAUCAGACCAGAUUCAUGGAAGGUAG